AUGUUGCUUGGGGGUGACAUUGGCGAGAGCACGGAGGGGACACUGCUCGAGUUUACUGUCGGGGACAUUGAUUUGGAUGAACCUACAGCUGUGCUAUCUCAGUUGAACGUGUGGUUGAAUGAUAAAGGUAAAGCUCUGGCACAAGGGGUCCAAUUACGAAAAAGGAAGAGGAUCAUUCCUUUGUGGAAGAUCGUUGAAGGCAGUGAAUUGGUUCCAAAAACUGGGGCACAGACAACCGGACUGAAGAUGUUAGACCCAAUGAAGGCGAUUCCGCAUGAUGAUCUGGUGAAAUUGCUGAAACUUUGUUGGGAAUGGCGCCAGGACCCAAAUUUGGUGAUGCAAUUUGGCAACGUGGAAGCUGAGAUUGAAUUCUUCGCUUCCCUCGUGAAAGCUGAUGGUUGGCUGAAAGGAGAUCACAUUGAUUUGGGGUUGUAUCUCAUCCGGAAGCGACAACAACAAUUGGAGACAGAUUCGGUAGAAGUAGCGGACUGGACAACGACCGAUGUUUUUUUUAUGUACUUGCUUUGCGGAUAA